AUGACUUCAAGAGCACUCCCUGAAUCGUCAGUGGUGGACUUCACCUACAAAGGCAGAUGGUGGAGGAAUCGUGGUAUUAUAAUGUUGAACAUAUGUCUCUUAAUUCCUCUUAUGACCUCUGCCGUCAACGGUCUCGAUUCAUCUCUUAUCAACGGCCUACAAAUUUUGCCGGGCUGGCAACGUUAUUUCGACCAUCCCUCAGGCAAGCUCCUGGGUUUCAUCAACUCUGCUCAGUUUAUUGGAAAUCUAUGUGGCUUGCCAAUCGCGCCUUUUGUUUCUGAUAUCUUUGGCCGACGCGCAGGAUUAUUCUUGGGGUCAUUAAUUAUGUUUGCUGGGGUGGGUUUGCAGGCGGGUUCUGCCAAUGUCGCAACCCUGAUCGGUGCCCGGAUAAUAAUUGGGUUCGGUCUAUGCUUCUGUUCGAAUGCUGCUCCCCUUCUUCUGAUAGAGCUGUCGUAUCCAACGCAGCGCGGGAAAAUCACUUCCAUGUAUAACACUAACUGGUAUCUUGGCAGCAUAAUUUCAGCAUGGGUGUGCUACGGGUCAUAUAUACACACCAAAGAAAGUAUGUGGUCGUGGCGUGUGCCAACCCUCGUCCAAGCUUUUCUUCCUUUGGUUCAAGUCGCAUCAGUCUGGUUCAUUCCUGAGUCUCCUCGAUGGCUCAUUUCCAGGGGACUGGAAGAAAAAGCUUGCAAAGUCCUCGCAAAAUAUCACGCAAAUGGUGGAAACGAACAUGAUCCAUUGGUGGUGUUUGAGAUUGCUCAAAUCCGGCAUGCACUCAAGAUGGAGGCAGAGAUUAACCGGAGAACGUCAUACUGGUCUCUGUUCUCGACGCCGGGCAAUAGGAAACGAAUGAUGAUCAUAAUGGCCAUCGCCAUAUUUUCGCAAUGGAGUGGCAACGGUUUAGUCUCUUAUUACAUCAAUAUAGUAUUGGAUGGUGUCGGUAUCACGAGUACAGCCGCAAAGGUAUUAAUCAAUGGCAACCUUCAGAUUUUCAACUUCUUGGUUGCGCUGUCAGCUUCUAUGUUGGUCGAUUGGGCAGGGCGGAGAACACUUUUUAUAGUUUCGAACAGUGGAAUGCUCAUCAGUUUUUCCGCUUGGACGAUCUCAACAGCACUCUACAACACAGCCCAUACCUCCGCAGCUGCAAUAGCCACGAUACCCCUAAUUUUCAUUUUCUAUUUCUUCUACGAUAUCGCCUAUACUCCUUUGGUUGUCGCAUAUACCCUCGAGAUCUUACCAUAUAGAGUCAGAGCGAAGGGUUUUGCUGUCAUGAAUAUAACGUUAAUGCUGACUGUAGCGUUCAACCAAUUUGUGAAUCCUUGGGCGCUUGCUUCCAUCGGCUGGCAAUACUACAUUGUGUAUUGUGCCUGGCUUAUAGUCGAGCUUGCCUUCGUCGCAAUUUUCAUUGUGGAAACCAAAGGUCGGACGUUAGAAGAAACUGCGGCACUUUUUGACGGUGAAAAUCAUCGACAGAAUUUGGUGGCGCUGGGUAGAGAGUCAGCGGCAAUAGAAUUGAGCAGAGUCAUGGUACUUCCAAAGCUCAAAACGCGAUCGCAACGACGUGGAGUUCAGGACGAAUACGGCGAGAAUCUGAAGAUACGAGAUCUGUAUAGCGAGUGGCGUCGGGCUAGCCCAGCUGGCGAUGAUAAAAUGGCGGUAUAA